CUGCGCCGCGCUAGCGGGGGUGGUUGCCCGGUGCUUUGAGGGGGGAGCAAGAUGGCGGCGGGCGAGUCGGCGGGGCGCUACCGGAGCGCGAUGAGCAGGAGCAAGGACCCCUCGGGGCUGCUCAUCUCCGUCAUCAGGACUCUAUCUACAAGCGAUGACGUUGAGGACCGAGAGACUGAGAAGGGCCGCCUGGAAGAAGCCUACGAGAAAUGCGACCGGGACUUGGACGAGCUCAUUGUCCAGCACUACACCGAGCUCACCACUGCCAUCCGUACGUACCAGAGCAUCACGGAGCGCAUCACCAACUCCCGCAACAAGAUCAAGCAGGUGAAGGAGAAUCUGUUAUCGUGCAAGAUGCUGCUGCACUGCAAGAGGGAUGAGUUGCGCAAGUUGUGGAUUGAAGGGAUCGAACACAAACACGUCCUGAACUUGCUGGAUGAGAUUGAGAACAUCAAGCAAGUGCCCCAGAAGCUGGAACAGUGCAUGGCCAGCAAGCACUACCUCAACGCAACAGACAUGCUGGUGUCAGCGGUGGACUCCUUGGAGGGUCCCCUUCUUCAGGUGGAGGGCUUGAGCGAUCUGAGGCUGGAGCUCCACAGCAAGAAGAUGAACAUGCACCUAGUCCUGAUCGAUGAGUUACACCGUCACCUUUACAUCAAGUCAACUAACAGGGUGGGACAACGCAACAAGGAGAAGGGGAGAAUCAGUUCACUUGUGAAAGAUGCCUCUUCUGUACCUCUUAUGGAUGUUACCAACUUGUCUACGCCUCGCAAGUUCCUUGAAACUUCCCAGUUCAGCACUCCUGGAAGCUCCAGCAUGCGAGAAACAAGCCUUCUGGAAAUUAAGGAAGAUAUGGAUCUGGAUCCCGAGGAGAACAGCAUUGUCUUCAUGGGCAUACUCAUCAAAGGGCUGGCCAAGCUGAAAAAAAUCCCUGAAACGGUGAAAGCCAUCCAGGAUCGCCUAGAACAAGAACUCAAGCAGAUUGUGAAGCGCUCCACAACCCAGGUGGCAGACAAUGGUUACCAGAGAGGGGAAAAUAUUUCCCAGGAAAAUCAGCCUAGGUUGCUGCUGGAACUGCUAGAGCUUCUCUUUGACAAAUUCAACGCUGUGGCUGCUGCGCACUCCGUCGUCCUUGGACACCUUCAGCAAACAGUGGCCUCUCCUUGCAGCCAGUACGAUGGUGAUAUCAAGCUCUACGACAUGGUAGAUGUGUGGGUGAAGAUCCAAGAUGUCUUGCAGGUAAGGAGACUUCAAUAUCUGGAUAUGAAGAACACCCGCACUGCCUCGGAGCCAUCCACCCAGCUUAGCUACGCCAGCUCGGGGCGAGAAUUCGCAGCGUUCUUCGCGAAGAAGAAACCACAAAGGCCUAAAAACCCUUUGUUCAAGUUUGAGUCCUCUUCCCAUGCUAUUAGCAUGAGUGCCUAUUUGCGUGAGCAGAGGAGGGAGCUGUACAGCAGAAGCGGAGAACUUCAAGGAGGACCGGAUGAUAACUUAAUUGAAGGUGGAGGAUCCAAGUUUGUCUGCAAACCAGGAGCCAGAAACAUAACCAUCAUCUUUCAUCCCCUCCUCAGAUUUAUCAAGGAGAUAGAGCACGCCAUGGAGCUCGGCCCGGCCAAACAGUGCCCGCUCCGUGAGUUCCUCACCAUGUACAUCAAGAACAUCUUCCUCAAUCAGGUCCUGGCUGAGAUCAACAAGGAAAUCGAAGGAGUCACGAAGGCAUCCGAUCCCCUCAAGAUCCUGGCUAACGCAGAUACCAUGAAGAUCCUAGGGGUGCAGAGGCCUCUCCUGCAGAGCACGGUGAUCGUGGAGAAGACUGUCCAAGACCUGAUGAACCUGAUGCAUGACCUGAGCGCCUAUUCGGAUCAGUUCCUCAACAUGGUGUGUGUGAAGCUCCAGGAGUACAAGGACACCUGCACCCUCGCCUACAGGAGCAUCGUGCAGUCGGACGAAAAGCUGGUGAUCAGCGCCUCCUGGGCUAAGGAUGACGACAUUAGCAGGCUCCUGAAAUCUCUGCCCAACUGGAGCAACAUGGCUCAGCCCAAGCAACUGAGACCCAAGAGAGAGGAGGAGGAAGACUUUAUAAGGGCUGCUUUCGGCAAAGAGUCCGAAGUUCUCAUCGGCAACCUGGGAGACAAGCUCAUCCCCCAACAGGAGAUCCUGCGGGACGUCAGCGACCUGAAGGCCUUGGCCAACAUGCACGAGAGCCUGGAGUGGUUAGCAGGUCGCACCAAGGCAGCCUUCUCCAGCCUCUCAGCCACCCAGACCAUGUCUCCUGGCCAGGACAGCCACGCCAGUAUGGAGCACCUCCCUGCAUCCGAACAGAUCCUGCAAACCCUGAGCGAGCUGGCCAAGUCUUUCCAAGAGAUGGCUGACCGCUGCCUGCUGGUGCUGCAUUUGGAAGUCAGAGUUCAUUGCUUCCACUACCUGAUCCCGCUGGCUAAACAAGGCAACUAUGCCAUCGUGGCCAACGUGGAGAGCAUGGACUACGACCCCCUGGUUGUCCGGCUCAACAAGGACAUCAGUGCUAUCGAGGAGGCCAUGAGCGCCAGCCUCCAGCAGCACAAGUUCCAGUACAUUUUCGAAGGUUUGGGCCACCUCAUCUCCUGCAUUCUGAUCAACGGCGCCCACUAUUUUAAGCGCAUCAGCGAGUCUGGCAUCAAGAAAAUGUGCAGGAACAUCUUCAUCCUGCAGCAAAACCUGACCAACAUCACCAUGUCCCGUGAGGCUGACCUGGACUUUGCAAGGCAGUAUUACGAGAUGCUCUACAACACAGCAGACGAGCUCUUGAACCUGGUGGUGGAUCAAGGCGUGAAGUACACAGAGCUGGAGUACAUCUACGCCCUGAACUUACUGCACCGGAGCCAGACGGGUGUGGGAGACCAAACCACGCAGAAUAUGAGGCUGCAGAGGCUGAAGGAGAUCAUCUGUGAGCAAGCUGCUAUCAAACAGGCUACCAAGGACAAGAAAAUUACCACUGUUUAACCUGCUUGGUCGCUCGCCUUUAGUGAGCAGCGGGGGCUGUCAGGUUGCAGGGCCAAAUUUCUGCGUUUCUGUUAAAAUCGGUGGCAAAAGCGUGAAUCUUCUGGGUGGCGGCCUGAUAGCGAGAAGGGAAAUGCCGUUUGAAAUUUGGUUUUGGGGUUCUUUGGGGGGUUUCGAUGUGUAAUCACGUAGUGCUUCCUUAACGCCUUCUCCCGGGAGUGAUGGCACUGCAGGAGGAAGAGGCUUUUUGGCGGAGAUGUGGGUGGGAUGCUGGGCUUUGCUCUGUCGCUGCUGCUUUGCCUUGGGACGCAAGGCAAGCUGCUCUCUCCGGGGGAAUGGGGAAAGAGAUUUCACUGGGUUAGGCCAGAGUCUUUGGUGCAAGUUCAGACCACACUAAAUAAACAGCACUGUGAGAAUCAAGGAGCAGACCUGUUGAUAACGUGGGAUCUUGAUGACUUUGAAGCUGUUCCACCACUGUAGCCACACAGGGAAGCCUAUUUCAGCUCUGCCAGUACUAAGUGACAGUCGUAGAUGCGUUUAGUUUUCUGCUCUUCCCACUGCAAAGAGAUCUAGUUGCUUAUUCCUCCGGGUAGUAAUAAGCCAGUUCUUGCAGUGGGAGGUGACGUGGGACCAUUUGUUUCCACUUCUGCUUUUUGAUUAUCACGGAGCCAGAUGGCAUCAGUUCCUGCAGCUCAUACUGCACUGGAUGGUGGUGGAUGUGGGAGCAAAUUGCCAAUAGAAGGCAACAGCAGAAUUUAAUUCUCUUUUUUCUGAAUGUAUCUUUUGAGCAUGCUUAGCUCAGAAGAUAUUUUGUAGUCACCAUUUGAUGCACUGGAAGGACAUUAGCUCAGUGCUAAUGGUCAGCAAGGGCAGGAGGAGGGUAGAUCCCAGCUCUGCAGUGUGAGGCAAGCUCAGGUCCCCAGUUCUGCCUUGCCACCUGGUAAAAGGCUCUCGAUUCACUGAGGCUGAUGAGGUUGUGCCAACCCUCCAAACCACGAACGCUCUGCACUUGUAUUUGGCAGGUAAAUAGUCAGCCCAGCUGGGCUUCAUGUCCUGAAAUAGGUUCUCUCUCAGCUGUUUAACUGCUUCUGCAUCAGUCUUGAAACUUCUGAAUUAAAGGAUAUUUAAAGACUCCUCAAA